GCUUCACAUUCAUUGUGAUCAGCCGGCUGAAGAAACGGGAACAGCUAAUCAAAAAUGUCUCAUGAUGGGAUGUCCAGAGAGGAGUAUGAGGAGUACCAGAAGCAGAUGGUGGAGGAAAAAAUGGAGAGAGACGCCGAGUUUGCUACAAAGAAGGCCGAAAGGGCUUGUCUGAGGACUUGCUUAAGAGAAAAAUAUCGGAUCCCGAAGAGUGAGCAAGAUGAGAUUAUGCUCCAGCAGGCAGGAGAUGAUAUUGAUGUGCCAGAAGAGCUGGUGAAGAUGGUGGACGGAGAGGCGCCGCAGGAAGAGGAGAAUCCCUCCAUCAUGGCCCAGAUGCAGAACCUGCAGAACAUGGACGUGGGCCAGCUGAAAGAAAAGGCCCAGGCCACGCUGGUGGAGAUGAAGUCCAAGGCUGAGGAGAAAUGCACCGUCAUGUGACUCGCAGAACAGCUCAGAGUAUUCAUGUACUCUAUGUGAGCAGCUUCAAGGGUUAAUUUGCACAAAAAUGUCAGUUCUGUUAUUAAUUACUCACCCUAAUGUCAUUCCAAUCCCUCGAGACC